CUCACCGUGUGCUAUUUGUGGCCCGAGCUUUGAAUGAGUUAGUUGCCACAAAGGCAUUUGACUCGUGCUACAGGCAAACACGCAUUAGUACAAACUAAGAGAGAAAAGGCAUCAUCAAAGGUUUUACUUUACAAAUCUUCGUUGUGUUUGAUACCUGGACGAGGAGCUGAAGCAAAUCCAGAGCUCAGGGGAAAAGAAUCGCCGGACUUUAUCUGUAUUUUGAGGAUUUCCUCUUUGAUAUUUUGAGUUGGUCAUUGGCCCUACAGUGAAGAGAGUGUGUGUGUGCGUGCGUCUGUGUGUGUGUGAUUGCUUAAAGAAAUCAACAUGGUCCUUACCAACCUAAAAGACUUUGGAAAGCAGCUUCUGCGAGUGAAGAUAGUCGACUGCAGCACAGAGGAGUCUCGUCUUUCCCGAUGCCUCAACACCUUUGACCUGGUGGCCCUGGGAGUGGGCAGCACAUUGGGCGCUGGCGUCUAUGUUCUGGCUGGGGCCGUGGCGCGGGAAAACUCUGGUCCGGCUAUCGUCCUAUCCUUUCUGAUUGCAGCAUUAGCCUCAGUCAUGGCCGGACUGUGUUACGCUGAGUUCGGAGCGCGUGUUCCCAGGACGGGCUCUGCGUAUCUGUACAGCUAUGUGACGGUGGGCGAGCUGUGGGCCUUCAUCACUGGCUGGAACCUCAUCCUGUCUUAUAUCAUAGGAACGUCCAGUGUUGCUCGGGCCUGGAGUGCAACAUUUGAUGAGCUCACUGGGAAACAUAUAGAGAAUUUCUGCAGGUUACACAUGAGGAUAAAGGCCCCUGGAGUGUUAGCAGAGUAUCCCGACAUGUUUGCUGUGCUCAUCAUCCUCAUACUGACAGCUUUGUUGGCGUUUGGGGUGAAGGAGUCCGCUAUGGUCAAUAAGGUGUUCACCUGCAUCAAUGUUCUGGUGCUGAUGUUUGUGGUGGUGUCAGGCCUGAUCAAAGGAACCCUCGAUAACUGGAACCUGGAUCCUAAGAAAAUCCUCAACCACACAUCCUUUGACAAUAUGUCAGAGCUGCUGCCGUCUGAAGAGAGUUUGGGUGUUGGCGGCUUCAUGCCGUUCGGUUUCUCUGGAGUUCUGUCUGGUGCUGCCACCUGUUUCUAUGCUUUCGUCGGGUUUGAUUGUAUCGCCACAACAAGUGAAGAGGUGAAGAAUCCUCAGAGGGCGAUACCUAUUGGUAUUGUAGCAUCUCUUCUCAUCUGUUUCGUUGCCUACUUUGGUGUAUCAGCCGCCCUCACAAUGAUGAUGCCGUACUACAUGCUAGAUAAGAACAGCCCUCUGCCCGUGGCCUUCAAAUAUGUGGGCUGGGAAGGGGCGACGUAUGCAGUGGCUGUUGGUUCCCUUUGUGCUUUAUCCACCAGUCUGUUGGGCUCCAUGUUCCCAAUGCCCCGUGUAAUAUGGGCUAUGGCUGAAGACGGGCUGCUCUUCAAGUUCUUGGCUAACAUCAAUGAAAAAUCCAAAACCCCUAUAAUGGCCACAGUAACCUCAGGCAUAGUGGCAGCGGUGAUGGCUUUCCUGUUUGAUCUGAAGGAUUUGGUUGAUCUCAUGUCCAUUGGCACUCUGCUGGCUUACACACUAGUCGCGGCCUGUGUCUUAGUCUUGAGGUACCAGCCAGAGCAGCCCAGUGUGAAUGUCCAGUAUCAGAGAGCCAGCUGUCAGGAGGAAACCGAGGCCGAAUCCAUUAAUGGGAGCAGUGCUGGUUUCCUGCCUGGAUCUCAGGCAACCCUCAGCAACCUUCUGUUCCCCAAAAAUGAGGAGCCGUCUCGUCUCUCUGGCUUCACCGUCAACAUCUGCACCAGCGUGUUAGGUGUUCUGGUGUGUGUGUUCUGUGUCGUGGCAGUUCAGGGUGGAUUUCAGAUCUGGGUUCUUGCGGUUCUUGUCACUCUGGCUGUGGCUUGUUUAAUCAUCACCAUGUUAAUAUGCCGGCAGCCUGAGAGCAAGACAAAGCUGUCUUUUAAGGUUCCUCUGCUGCCGUUCCUCCCCAUCCUCAGCAUGUUCAUUAAUGUGUACCUGAUGAUGCAGCUGGACAGAGGCACCUGGAUGCGCUUCACCAUCUGGAUGGCCAUAGGUUUUGUUAUUUAUUUUUGCUAUGGGAUCUGGCACAGCACAGAGGCGGCUUUGGCCAGUAACGACACUGAAGGCGUCAACACCUUCAAACCGACAGAGACAAACGAAGCUGCCACACCUGAGAAAGAGGCUUUCUUGAGCAACGGUCUUAGUGCCAGAGCAGAGGAGAGCAGUGACCUUAGACAACUGAAACGGCCAAACCAAGAGCUGCUAUUGACCUUCAAGACCGUGUCCUUUGUGUGUUACUGUAGGUAUCAAGAAACUUGAAGCAGCAUUACAACAUGUGACGAUUAUUUAGCAGAUGAAUUGCCUGUUAUUCUGGUAGAACAUGAAGGACAGAAUUAAUGUUGAUUAUAAUGUGUACAUAAGGUUGUGGUGUGCAUUUUGGAUGUUGGGUUCUAAGGAUGCGCCGAUUUACUGAUGUCCAGUUAUUCAGAAAUACAUCUGCUGACUUGCUCGAAAACACUGACAAUUACACAGCUUCAUCAGAAAUAUCAAUUCUACUUUGAUAUUUCAAAUAUUUAUUUAGCUAAUUCAGUGUUCUCAUUAUGAGAAGGUUUUUCAUGCUGCAGAUCGCAGCUCUGCUGUGAAGUCAGUCACUUUUAUUUUAUUAAUUUUUUUUGAUAGGUUUUUACCUGUCCAGUGCCUUUUCUCACCCUUUUUUAUUGACCGUGCUAAUGUCUCCUUGCACUGAAAAAGACUUUUAGUGGCCGAUACCAGGGCCAUUUGUCAGACUUUAAGGCAGUUGCCGAACCAUUGGGAUAGGAACAUCUCUGUUCUGAGGGAUUGUAAUGCUUGCAUUCAGCUGUCGUGUGCAUGUUACAUUUUUAGUAGUUUUACUCUUGCAUCUGGUGUUGGACUAAAACAUUUUGUACAGUAUUCUUAGAUUUUUGUGCAUUGCACUUUUAUUGUCCAUAUUUUAGUCUAUUGAUUUGUAUAGAAGCAAAAAAAAAAGGCAAAGAAUUUGUGAUUGUUUUGAAUAUGGGCAGC